AGUAAGCAAAGAUGAUGUCUACAGCAUUUUAUGUUUUGUUCCUCCUCUUACUGCUGAACGGUUUAAAUUCAGUGAACUCCGAUCAAAAUGAAGGUAAACAUGAAGGAAAUAUCAUAGAAACCAUUAAUGAUUUCGGUUUCGAUCUGUUAAAGAUUUUCGAUCAAGACAAGGAAAUGAAAGGCAUCAAUUUGUUCUACUCUCCGACAAGCAUCGCGGUUGCUUUAGCAAUGGUGUUUCUGGGGAGUAGGGGAAACACAGCUGAUGAAAUAGCUAAGGCAAUGAAGUGGUACGCUUAUGAAUCUGAAGACGUUCAUUUGACAUUGAAAUCGUUAAUGGAAGCAAUUGCAGAGUCUGAACAUGCAAACCUCGAGCUGAAGAUCGCCAAUCGAUUAUGGGGACAUGAAUACCUACACGAAACUGCAGAAUAUAAAGAGAGUAUCUUGGCCUUUUAUAAUACUCCAAUUGCAAAAGUCGACUUCAAAGAGGGUUCUGAAAGAGCGAGAGAGGAGAUAAAUCAGUGGGUUGAAAAAAAUACCGGAAGGAAAAUUAAGGAUUUUCUGCCUCCGGGGUCUGUGACUGAAGAUACUAGAGUGGCAUUAAUUAAUGCAAUUUAUUUUCAGGGUACUUGGCUUCAUGCUUUUGAUCGGGAAAAAACACAUCAUGCACCAUUUCACACUGUUGGUGAUGGUGAGCGGGUUCUCGAAGUUUCAAUGAUGACAAAAACUUCAAGACAAAGUUACCACGUUGAUGAAGAACACAACUGCCAAAUACUGGAGCUUCCGUAUGAUGGCGAUGAUAUUUCCAUGUUGAUCGCCCUUCCAAAUGACAUCCUUGGAAUUUCAAGCAUCGAACAGCUGAUAAACACUGAGUUGAUGGAUAAAUGGAUUAUGUCUUUUGUCAAAACCACCGUUAAAGUAUCAAUUCCCAGGUUUAUCCUAAGUCAGCAUUUUGAAUUAAAGAAGACUCUGAGUAAACUUGGCAUCAGUGACGUGUUUGAGGCAGGCAUUGCAGACUUGUCCGGGCUGAGUUCUGUGGAAAGCUUAUAUGUAUCGCAUGUGAUACACAAGGCACAGGUCCAUGUGAAUGAGAAGGGAACUGAAGCUGCUGCAGCAUCUGGGGUGAUCAUGCAAAAGAGAUCUGUAGAAAUAUAUCCUGAAUUUUAUGCUGAUCACCCAUUUCUGUUUAUAAUUUACCACAAAUCUACAAGAGCUGUUUUAUUUAUUGGUCGGGUUACAAGACCAGAGAUAGCAGAGCAAGGACAUUUUACUGCUGAAACUAAAGAGAAACCUAACACAAGGCAUUAUAAUGAUGAGCUGUAAGUUAACCCUAUCAGUUAGAUUUAACACCAAAUUCUCACAGCUACAAUCAUAAGAAACGCAAAGAAGACAGAUAGGAGAAUUUGUAUUGAGAUCAUAGGAGUGAAAGGGUUAAGUUACAUGUUAAAAAGGAAGACAAUUUUAAGUAAGUAUGUACCAUAAAAUCAGAAUCAUGUGUUCCAGAGGUAGUCUUUAUCUCUGCUUGUGACCCAUAAGGGAUCAAACCUCAGACAUUCUGGAUUAUACAUGAACUUUGUAAUGGGCCUUGCUCACUAUAGAGUCUCUGUGGCUUAGUGGUAGAGCAUCAGAGCACUGAAUCUGAAGGUCUGAGGUUUGAUUCCUGAUGAUUAUACAAAUAAUUUUCUCUUUUCCUCACACUCAUGAAAAUAAUAUUGCACUAUUGAUGGAAUAUUGGUCAACUGUUACCUGCCUACUGACCAACUAUUGCCUGACAUAUUCAUCACCUGUUGGAUCUACCUAUCAGACAAUGGUUUCCCAAGGCUACUUAAAGGAUAUGCAACCUUAAAAUCAUGUAUGUGGGCUCUAAAUUGAUUCAAUCUCACUGGAGGUUUUGGAUGGAGAAGUGGCCCUUGGGAAGGGCAGAGAAUGAGCUAAGAACAAGAUGUAUUAACCCUUUCACUCCCACAAGUGACCAAGACAGACUUUCUCCUUACAACAUCAAUACAAUAUCAAGCAGGCAGGUGAUGAGAAUAGAGAAGAAUAUCAAUCAUGGGAUUAUUAGUUGAUCCAAUACCAAUUUCUCUGAACUAACAUCAUAAGAAUUGUAUGGCAGAUAGUAAGGAGAAUUACUAAUCAGAUCUUGGGAGUGAAAGGGUUAAAGCGUUGUUCUUUAGAUUAAAGAAGCUUAGAAAUGGACUGGUUCAUAAGAUUUCACAAUAAAAUAAAACUGUCUGCACAACAGCAAAGUGGCCUAUUGUAGUGAAGCUAAACCAGGCUUUUGCAACUUGAAGUGACUGGAGGUUCUGCUACUUUACUUGGCUUGGAAGCUGGUUCACUUUUAAUUAGUAGAUGAGAUAAUUAACAAUUAUUUACUGAAAUGGAGGUAAAUAUCCACCACUUUCACCGACACAGUGGUAAAAAAAUUGUUCUAGUAAAUACCACUCAGAAACAAAAAAAAAAUAGCUUAUUUCUGACAAUAAACCCAAAAAAAUGGUUGGAAAUUAAAUUGUUGGUGCACAGUUUUGUCCUUUUGGCUGUUGAGGUUAGUAGUUCUUGGUAAUCACUUCCACACCAAUCAAUUAGUGUAAAUAUUGUGGUUCAAUUUUAUCCUUGGUUCAAAUUUUAUUUUCCUUUGUUUUUGGAUAUUGCAAUGGAGGAUAAUGAGUUUGAAACAAAAUAAUUAACCUGUGUGGCAUUUAUUAAAUAAGAUAACUUUAUUUACUGUAAAUAAGAUACUAACCUGCUGGGCCAGUU